AUGUUUGUGAGUUUCCAUUUUUUUAUUCUAAAAUUACCAAAAAAAUGGGGUUAUUAAAAUCAAAAUUUUUAAUUUUUUUCUGUCGCCCGCCAAGUCGUCAAAAGUAGAUGGAAUGAUAACUUUCAGUUUCCUCAUAAAUUUAUUCUUUGGUCUUUUCCUUGAACGUGCAGAAUUGGAACUUGAGAAUCCUGGCGUUCAAUGAAACCAUGCCCAAUGAACUUUUUUCUGCGCACGUGCUUGCAAACCGAUUUACGGGGCCACGCCCAGACUUGUUUUUCUUUUUUCUUCCGCCAACUGUUAUUCUUCCAAUCGAAUCAAUUUUCUCUUUUCCGAAGAAAAUGGCUUCCGACCAGGCCGGCCCGUCGAUGAUGGACGCGGAGGUGCUGAGAAAAGGCUUGUUGGCGGUCGAAAAGCUGACAAGUAUUGAGGUAAACAUAUAUUAUUUUGUCUCUUAUCGUUUCUUUCGACUUUUUUCGUUCACUCAGAAGAUUGUCAUUCAGCAACUGAAAGAAGUUCUCGGGUCCAGCGAUUUUGCGGGAGAGUUCGCGACGACGGACGACGCGAUUCGGGAAAUACUGCGAGUCGGCAAGAGAAUGGUCAACGAAUACAUUGAGAAUAGGGUCCGUGAUGAUCAGGAGCACAGCGAUGCGAUCAGAAAAGGCAAAUAUGACGUAAGAGCUAGAAGCGUGAGAACGAUAGAAUGCGGAAAUUGAGCCUGCUGUGGAAUAUCGUAAGAUUCUCACAAUAUCUUUUCCGAAUUUAGAAUUUUUCGCGAGAGCCGAAACAUAAGAAUAUUUUCUAGGUACGUCAUUGAAGAGAGUUUUCAGAAAGUUCUCUGGUAGAAGAAUAGUAAUUCGUUCUUCGUUAGUUUCACUGUAGCUUUAGAAAACAAUCUUGAGUUUUUCCCAGAAAAAAAAUUCAGAAAGGGAAGUUUUUUUUCACAAAAACGUAGAAUCAGAUUAAAGAUUUUUAAGUUUCAUAUCAAUUUUUGAGCCUAAGUUCAGAAGUUUGCUGGAAAUUUGGGGAAACAGUUUUUGAUGGAAAAAACGACUAUUCAUUAAAUUUCCAGAAACAGCUGACCGAACGUGAAUUGGAGAAUAUUUAUGCCCGUGGACUUGAGGCUUUGUAUCAAGGAAGGAAUAAAGAAGCCUUUCGAAUAUUCCGCGUUCUUUUGCCUUUUUAUACACACGAUGCCAAGGUGUGGGUGCGGAUCACUGAAGCUUGUCUUCAUGGCCUUCAGGAGGUUUUCCCGUCGAUUUUACACAGAAGCCCGUAAUUUCCAGCUUCCCAAAAAACAAAAAUUUCUGAAAAUAACAUAUAAGUUGAUUUUUUCUUUACGCUCCUGAACACUUCUAGGGAUCACGUAAGAGUUCGAGUGGACCUAAAUUUACCGCUAGAAAUGCCCCUAAACGUACAGUUUGCGUUCGUUUAAAAUCAAAAUCGUUUGAAUCUUCGAUAGAACGAAUUUAAACGCACUCCAUUUUUCAUCGUCCAGUUCGCCGCUUCUUUUCUAUCAAAGGUUCUUUCAGAACGUGUCUCCAUACGAAAAUGUCUAUUCAAAGAUUUUCCAAGAAAAUGUUAGACUACCUGGCUCCUCAAAAGUUCGCGAUGUGUUUCCGGCCGAAGGAGGGUUCGUCUCAAAGUUGUCGCUCGAAAAUGCUCAUUUUUCAGGGAAAAGCAUGAAGAUAUGACCCUGGAAUUCGCAGAAUGCUCGAGUAUUAUUGCAUUUACUCUGGCCCAACAUGACAGCGACGAAGAAUUGAAAGUCCACACGGCAAAGUUGGCUUCCUACGUUGGAUUAAAAUUGCGAAAAUUUCGGUUUAUCACUUCUCUAGGCCUUCAAAACAUCUCUCUUGAUUUUGGGUUAUCUUUGGACAUGAUAUCGUGGGUUUUCAUGCAGAAGUUGAACUUUGAAGACGAGGAGUUCGAUCAAAUCGAGACCAUCACUCUUCACAAGGUAUGACUGAAGAGGAAAUUGUUUUUUUUUUCUCAAUUCAAAGUAAAUACAUCACUAUUUUCGCCUAGUAAAUCAUUUUCUUUAUUGAGAAGAAAUCCAGAAAAGAUUUCAUGAAAAUCAAAGCAUUUUUUUCCACUUAUGUAGUUGAUUUCUUGUAUUUUUUAUUUUGAAGUUCGGAAAAUCAGAACUACCGAAUUCCAGAGAAUAAAAGACCACAGACUACUUAAUAAUAAAAGUUUCAGGUUUUACAUUGAUUUUCCUAUUUUGUUUUAAAAUGCUCCUUUUUCCGAAUAAAAGAGGUGCGGUUUGGUAAAGAGCGAUUCAUAAUGAUAUUAAGAAUCCUGCAGUGUUUUUGCUUUUUACUUUUGAAAAGACUAAGAGUCAAGAAAAAAACAAUUUCUUCCAAAAAUUAGUAAAGUGUGAAAGAUUCAGGUCACUUUGAAAUAAAGUUUUUUACUUUUAUUCACAUUAACGAGUUUAUCUUUCAUUGGAACUCCGGGUUUCUUUUCUCUUUGCAGAGUCUAUCAAAUUGUAGAUAAUCAAAGCUUUUUUUUUCCUCUGGAAAUCAUGAAUCUGAACUAUGGCCACAUCCAGGCCGAGUACCUCUACCAGACGGGCUUGAACGACGAAGCGCUGAAGACGGUGCAGGACGUGGUGCGUCAUUGCCGCGACCGACGUCUUUCCACUCGAUGCGCCCUCAUCGAGAUCCUCGUGCACCUCCGGCAGUGCAAGUACGCCGAGGUCAUCAGUCAAAUCAAGGUAUCGGGCAAGAUUUGGAAGGUCGUUCUUCCCAAAUCAACCGAAGUUUUCUAUCACAUCAAAUUGGCAGACUAGUUUUCGUUUAGAUCUUUUCUUCUGUAAGUUAUUUUUACUCAUAUUCGACAUGUUUUUUCGAUGCGACAGCUUGUUAAUAUUAAUUCGACAACUUGAUGAAGCUCCAAAAAAGUUUUUUUUUCUCAGACUUUCCUUAUCUGAUCGACCUCGAACUUUUUUUUUGGCAACUUUAUUGGUUCAGCCUAAAAUCCCCUUUAUUUCUAAAUACCCUCACCUAGAUCAAUAAAACUACAUUUUUAAAUCUUUAUUAAACUCUAAAAAAAAACAAUAGGCGUUUGAAAUUUGCAGCAAUCCAGUUUUUAUGAGAAGUGUCCGGUUGAAUUAAUUAGAAAAAACGACGCAUUUUGCACAGAAAACACAAGAUAGGGCUUUUCAGAUGCUUCUGAGAGUCGGAGAUCUCGAAGGCUCAGUCCAGGAGUCGAUCAUCCUCGUCGGCAUGUACCUCUCGUAUAUAAUGCGCAGCGACGCGAUCCUUCAACGGUUCACGAAACUUUUGCACGAGGUCCUGUAUGAUAAACAAUAA